UUCGAUUCUGCAGCCAGGAAAAGAUAGAAGGGGAAAAGAAAGUUAAAUGGACUCCCCAAAGGGCAGUUGCCAGGAGUCAGUGAGUAUUUGCUUUAUUCUGUUUGUUUGAUUUAGAACAAGACAAAACAGCCAAUGUUCCCACCUCUGGGUCCAAGUACUUAAGCAUGGCUUUAACAACUGUGGUUCUAUGAAUAAUGAAAGAGUUCGCACCUUGUCAGGAAACAGCCCUGACAUCAAAGAGACACCAAAAUGAAGCUCCAAUGUAAACCUCCUCCCAGCAUCCCAGUAUCAGCUUCCUGCAAGAUCCUGCUUUCUUAGAAUGCUGUGCCUGGACCAACAGCUUGCUUACUAUCUCCAGGGAAGUUACCAACCAUGCAGGAACUGUGAUCCCUGCCUAGACACCAUAAAGUAGAGUUGGUUUAAUAAAGCCCCCAGGUGAACUGCACGACAAAGUCACAGAAGCAACGCUUGCUCAGCAGAGGUAUGUCAAACUCAGGGCCAGACUAAUAUGGGAUGGAAUGAAUUAUUGAGUCAUCAGUAGCCUGGGGAGGUACGUAAUAAGAGAGGUCUACAAAGAACAGUCAUCAACAUAAACAAUAUAUGAAGUCUGUGCAUAUAUAUUUAUUAGACUCACACACAGGCUCUUAGACAUCUCCCAUCUUUCCCCUUCUGAAUCCUGUUUGGAGAAGGAAAAAGAAGUUCGUGUUAUUGGAAAUUGCAUUUGUUUUCUUUAAAUCUUCUUAGUUUUCAGCCAGUGAAACUCUACAGAGUCUCUCUCCUUUAUAGCUGCAUAUCUAUCCACUGUUGUGAUUCCAAACAAGCAAACAACUGCUGGUUAGACCUAAGGAACUUUAUGUGAUAAUCUGAAUUUUAAGAUUCAAGGUCAGCUCAGCUGGUUUGGUAGAAGUCACACUAAGGAUGGAUGGAGAUUAAAAGAGGUGGUAAGCAUCCUGGAGUUUCACCUGAGGACACCUUAUCAGCCAACACAGUCAAUAUCACAAGACAGUCUAAGUGACAGAGCACUUGUUAAUUUCUUUAACCUGAAUCAGGAGGUAGAGACCCCUUGAAGGUUUUCUGGUGAGUGAACUGGAGAGGGAUCCAAAUACCUGGUCCAAGGUCCAUUCUUUUACCCUUCAUUCUAUAAUGAUCUAUGAUCUACCACAGAAGUGUGCCAGAUAAAUUUAGUCCUAUUCAAAAUUCUAAAGCAAACUUACCACUUUUUUUCCUUUCUGUCUUUGAGUACUACAUUGCUUGCUAUUGUAAAUAUUUCCUUCUGAUAUUCGUUAGUCAAAAUGUUCUUCAAAAUCAUGAAAGGAAAGCAGUGGUUAAUGGGAACUCUGUUUGUAUUUGCGAUGGCCACUUUCUUGAUAACUGAGCCUGGGAGGAAUGGGACAAGGUUGUUCUUUCAUAUGAGGGAUAGAGUUAUUUUCAAUUCUUACUACUGAGUUCCUGCAUCCUCUGUGGACUGGCGUCCGGUGUACCUGGUGGGCCCCACAUGCCUCUCCACUAGUGCUUGUUUCUCCUCUGCCUGCUCUUUAGCAGCUACUGUGCUGGCCUCUCUGGCUCUCUGACUUGUAUCUGUGUGGGACUCAUUAGCAGUGGGUAUGUGUCUCACACAGUGCUUUAUUCACAGGCCUGCUAGCAGUGCCAGGGGCUAGGACUGCCUCUUAAGCCAUUCUGGGAGGCUGCUAUGCAGAACAAAGCUGGGCUGAGCCCUCUCACAGUCCCAUGGCCCUUGGUUUCCACAUGUAAGAUCACUGAGAAGGAAGGUUUCGGGAACUCUCAUCACCAUAGCCGGAUCCUGACCCUCUAGGAUGACUAAAUUACUGUGCUUUGGCUUUGUGACCCUGUGAAGACAUUCGUUUCUGUUAUUUGUUGAAUCACCAAUCAGAUGGGUGGAGCAUGUUAUAGGAAUUGGCAGCAAGUAUCCAAUGGGUGAAGAAGAAGCUGACUGGGGAAGAGAACAACCUGGGCGUGAUGUCCUCAGUGAGUGAAGAUAUUCCAUUCCAGAGGAGGUCUACUUGACACAUCUGGGAGGCCGCCAUCCGAAAGAGUGCCACUCUGUUGGUGUAGGGAGUGACAGCUACCUUCUCCUGUGCCUACUGCAUAACCAAAAAUGAAGGAGAACUACUGUUUACAAGCUGCCCUGGUGUGCCUGAGCAUGCUAUACCACAGCCAGGCAUUUACCCUGGAGCGACGAAGCCACCUGCGUCCCUCAUUCCAUGGACAUCAUGAGAAGGGCAAGGAGGGACAGGUGCUGCAACGCUCCAAGAGAGGUUGGGUCUGGAACCAGUUCUUUGUGAUAGAAGAGUACACCGGGCCUGACCCUGUGCUUGUGGGCAGGCUUCAUUCUGACAUUGAUUCUGGUGAUGGGAACAUUAAAUACAUUCUCUCAGGUGAAGGAGCAGGAACCAUUUUUGUGAUUGAUGACAAAUCAGGGAACAUUCACGCCACCAAGACACUGGACCGAGAGGAGAGAGCCCAGUACACACUGAUGGCUCAGGCGGUGGACAGGGACACCAACAGGCCAUUGGAACCACCUUCAGAAUUUAUCGUUAAGGUCCAGGACAUUAAUGACAACCCUCCAGAGUUUCUGCAUGAAACCUAUCAUGCCAAUGUGCCUGAGAGGUCCAAUGUGGGAACUUCAGUAAUCCAAGUGACAGCCUCUGAUGCAGAUGAUCCCACCUAUGGAAAUAGUGCCAAGUUAGUGUAUAGUAUCCUUGAAGGACAACCCUACUUCUCAGUGGAGGCCCAAACAGGUAUCAUCAGAACAGCCCUUCCCAAUAUGGACAGAGAAGCCAAGGAGGAGUACCAUGUGGUGAUCCAGGCCAAGGACAUGGGUGGACACAUGGGCGGACUCUCAGGGACAACCAAAGUGACGAUCACACUGACUGAUGUCAAUGACAACCCACCAAAGUUUCCACAGAGCGUGUACCAGAUGUCUGUUUCAGAAGCAGCUGUCCCGGGGGAGGAAGUAGGAAGGGUGAAGGCUAAAGACCCAGACAUCGGAGAAAAUGGCUUAGUCACAUACAAUAUCGUUGAUGGAGAUGGCAUGGAACUGUUUGAAAUCACAACAGACUAUGAAACACAGGAUGGUGUGGUGAAGCUGAAAAAGCCUGUAGAUUUUGAAACCAAAAGAGCAUAUAGCUUGAAGGUAGAGGCGGCCAAUGUACACAUUGAUCCGAAGUUCAUCAGCAAUGGACCUUUCAAGGACACAGUGACUGUCAAGAUUGCAGUAGAAGAUGCCGAUGAGCCUCCCAUGUUCUUGGCCCCAAGUUAUAUCCAUGAAGUUCAAGAAAAUGCAGCUGCUGGCACUGUGGUUGGGAGAGUACAUGCCAAAGACCCGGAUGCUGCCAACAGCCCAAUAAGGUAUUCAAUUGAUCGUCAUACUGACCUCGACAGGUUUUUCACGAUUAAUCCAGAAGACGGUUUUAUUAAAACUACGAAACCUCUAGAUAGGGAAGAAACUGCCUGGCUCAACAUCUCUGUCUUUGCAGCAGAAAUCCACAACAGACAUCAGGAAGCCAAAGUCCCAGUGGCCAUCAGGGUCCUGGAUGUCAAUGACAAUGCUCCUAAGUUUGCUGCCCCUUAUGAAGGCUUUAUCUGUGAGAGUGACCACCCCAAGCCACUCUCCAACCAGCCAAUAGUUACAGUUAGUGCAGAUGACCUGGAUGACACAGCCAAUGGACCAAGAUUUAUCUUCAGCCUACCCCCUGAAAUCAUUCACAACCCAAAUUUCACAGUAAGAGACAACAGAGAUAACACUGCAGGAGUAUAUGCCCGACGUGGAGGGUUCAGUCGGCAGAAGCAGGACCUCUACCUCCUGCCCAUUGUGAUUAGUGAUGGUGGCAUCCCACCUAUGAGUAGCACCAAUACCCUCACUAUAAAAGUCUGUGGGUGUGAUGUGAAUGGGGCACUGUUGUCCUGUAAUGCUGAAGCCUACAUCCUGAAUGCCGGUCUGAGCACUGGGGCAUUGAUCGCCAUCCUUGCCUGCAUCGUCAUUCUUCUGGUCAUCGUUGUGUUGUUUGUGACCCUGAGGAGGCAAAAGAAAGAACCACUCAUUGUAUUUGAAGAAGAGGAUGUCCGGGAGAACAUCAUAACCUAUGAUGAUGAAGGGGGUGGUGAGGAAGAUACCGAAGCCUUCGACAUUGCCACCCUGCAGAAUCCUGACGGUAUCAAUGGAUUUAUCCCUCGCAAAGAUAUCAAACCUGAGUAUCAGUACAUGCCUAGACCUGGGCUGCGACCAGCACCCAACAGUGUGGAUGUGGACGACUUCAUCAACACAAGAAUACAGGAGGCGGAUAAUGAUCCCACGGCCCCUCCCUAUGACUCCAUCCAAAUCUAUGGUUAUGAGGGCAGGGGUUCCGUGGCUGGGUCCCUGAGCUCCUUGGAGUCUGCCACCACAGAUUCGGACCUGGACUACGACUAUCUACAGAACUGGGGACCUCGUUUUAAGAAAUUAGCAGACUUGUAUGGCUCCAAAGACACUUUUGAUGAUGACUCUUAACAAUAAUGAUACAAAUUUGGCCUUAAGAACUGUGUCUGGCAUUCUCAAGAAUCUAGAAGAUGUGUAAACAGGUAUUUUUUUAAAUCAAGGAAAGGCUCAUUUAAAACAAGCAGAGUUUUACAGAGAGGAAACAUUUAAUAAAACCGCAAGGACAUCAAAGUGGAAAAUACUGUGAAGUACCUUUUCCCACUAAAAAAAGCAAAUAUUGAAGUUGUUUAUCAACUUCACUAGAGAAAAAAACCACUUGGCACACGAAAUAUUUAAAUGAAGGAAAAGUCCACAGUGAACUUACAAUGAAGGGAAAUCGUCUAUGUGUUAUGAACAUCUAAGUCUCUCUUAUUUUAUUUUUUAAUUUGUCAAAGAAGCUUCCACAAAAUUAGAAAGGACAACAGUUCUGAGCUGUAAUUUCGCCUUAAACUAUGGACACUCUAUCUGUAGUGCAUUUUUAAACUUGAAAUAUAUAAUAUCCAGCCAGCUUAAACCCAUACAAUGUAUGUACAAUACAAUGUACAAUUAUGUCUCUUGAGCAUCAAUCUUGUUACUGCUGAUUCUUGUAAAUCUUUUUGCUUCUACUUUCAUCCUAAACUAAUACGUGCCAGAUAUAACUGUCUUGUUUCAGUGAGGAGCACCCUAUUUCUAUGUCAUUUUUAAUGUAUCUAUUUGUACAAUUUUAAAGUUCUUAUUUUAGUAUACAUACAAAUAUCAGUAUUCUGACAUGUACGAAAAUGUUACAGCAUCACACUUAUAUUUUAUGAACAUUGUAUUGUUGCUUUAAUAUGAGCUUCUAUAUAAGAAGCAACCUUUGAAAUAAAAAAAGAUUCUUUUUUAAUUCUGGGUUUCAUUCUUAACAUUGAAAAAAAUAAGGGUUUCUAAUGAUCCAUUUAUAUUUCUAAUUUAAUUGUUAUCUUUUAAUAACCCUAUUUAUGAUCUGUUGUAGUCUGCUGCUCUUAUUGUUUAUUUAAAUCAAAUAUGUUUGGGUUUUUUUAAAGAUAAGAUUCUGUAUCUUCAUGUAAAUUAUUUUUGUAUGUUCUGGCUUUUCCUGGAGUAUAUCUUUAAAGAAGGACGUUAGAGAUCUAGACUAGCCUAUGAUUAGCCUAUGGUUUUACAAUAUGUUAUAUAUUAUGCAUUUAACUUGUGAACUCAUAGUUAUGAGAGACAAAUUCAUGAGGACUGUCAGACCUCUCGAUGUUCUAGAUAUAGACUUGAUGGCCCACCUUGAGCAUUGUGGCGUUGAAGGGGUUCAUAGUCAAAACCAACUCUGGUUUUCCAUAUGUAAUUUUUAUUAGGAUAAAGACUGACUGACAGUUGAAA